GAUUAGAAGAGGGAAAUUGCUCCGAUUCCUCGAAAUCUCAAACCGGAAACCGGCGGUUGGGUUUCAUGCGGUUUGGAAUCGGGGAACCUCUACUCCCAGAAGUUUUUCUGUCCGCCUCCCAGCUCGCCCCUUUCCUUUUCCCCUCCCCAGUCCCCAUCGCUGCUGACCUCCCUCUCAGUCCUCCUCACCAUCCACACCGACUUAGCUAGUUAGCUCUCUCCAGACGCACUCUCAAGAAUGCCGUUUGGAUUAUCUUGAGCUGUAACUGGAUGAAGCUUAGAUGGUGUACGACUGUAAGGUGGUGUUGAGGUCCAUCUGCAUGGUGUUUAGUUUUUUUAAUUCACAUUUACGAAGCAAGUCUGGCUGCUCGUCAAAGAGUUAUUGAAAAAUAAGACUGCUGCUCUUCUUUUUCUUUGUCAGUGUGUUCGUUGACAUCAUAUGUCUUCUCUGAAAGAUAUUUUGAUAUGAAAUAUCUUCCACUGGCCGUGCUUGAAUAGCGGAAACAAUGAAGAGAUGUCCUUCCUCUCCGCCAAUGCCUUGGGCUCGCUCGUUGAAUCGGCCAUCUUGACUCGGUCUCUUGCUCUCGGUCAAGCAGUCCAUGCUCAGAUCAUCAAAACACUUGAAUCACAUUUUCCUCCCUUCAUCUCCAAUCACCUUAUCAACUUUUAUUCCAAAUUCGGCCGUCUCAGCUCUGCCCACCUCGUCCUCUUACUCACUCCUACCUGUUUUCGCUCCGUUGUUACUUGGACUGCCCUCAUUGCCGGCUCUGUCCAAAAUGGUCAUUUCUCGUCCGCGCUUCUCCACUUUUGUGACAUGCGCCGCGACCGCGUUCAACCUAACGACUUCACUUUUCCUUGCCUGUUCAAAGCCUCAGCGCUUCUCAACUCAGGUUUUGUUGGCCAACAGCUUCAUGCACUGGCAAUCAAGAGUAGCAUGAUAUCAGAUGUUUUUGUUGGAUGCAGUGCUCUUGACAUGUACAACAAAACCGGAAAUAGAGAACUUGCAGAUAAGGUGUUUGAUGAAAUGUCGAUAAAAAACAUUGCCACUUGGAAUGCAUGUAUUUCCAAUGCCGUACUUGCAGGGAGUCCUACGGCUGCUGUUGAAAAAUUUAUUGAGCUUUUACGUGUUGGGGAAGAGCCCCCCAACUCGAUAACUUUUUGUGUAUUUUUAAAUGCCUGCUCAGAUGGUUUGUAUUUAAAGCUUGGGAUGCAGUUGCACGCAAGUGUGAUUAGAUGUGGUUAUGAUUCCGAUAUCUCCGUUCUGAACGGAUUGAUUGAUUUUUAUGGAAAGUGUCAUGAUGUGAAGUCAUCUGAGCUAGUUUUUAAUGGUAUGCAUGAGAGGAAUGGUGUUUCGUGGUGCUCACUAUUAGCAACAUACGAGCAGAAUGAUCUAGGGGAAAAAGCUCUUCAGUUUUUCUUGAAAGCUAGGGAAGUGAGGAUUGUGCCAACUGAGUUCAUGGUUUCAAGUGUGCUCAGUGCUUGUUCUGGGUUGGCAGCAAUUGAUCUGGGAAAGUCAAUCCACGGCCUUGUUGUGAAGUCUUGUAUUGAGGGGAAUGUGUUUGUUGGGAGUGCUCUUGUAGACAUGUAUGGAAAAUGUGGUUGCUUAGAGGAUGGUGAGAGAGCGUUUGAUGAAAUGCCCAAGAGGAACUUGAUAACCUGGAAUGCUUUGAUAGGCGCUUAUGCACAUCACGGGCGAGCUGAUGUUGCACUGCAUUUAUUUCAGGAAAUGAGUGGAAAAAGUGGUGAGGUGGUGCCUAAUUAUAUCACACUUGUUUGCAUUCUCACUGCAUGUAGUAGGGCUGGAGCAGUUCAAAUAGGCAUGGAUCUUUUCGAGUCGAUGAAGGGGAAAUAUGGCAUCGAGCCCAGGGCAGAGCACUACGCGUGUGUUGUGGACAUGCUAGGGCGAGCAGGCAUGGUGGAUCGGGCAUACAAGAUCAUAAAGGAAAUGCCUAUGCAACCCACUGUUUCUGUUUGGGGGGCACUUUUAGGGGCAUGUAGAGUGCACGGUAAACCAGAAUUAGGGAAGAUUGCAGCUGAUAGUUUGUUUCGGAUUGAUCCACAUGAUUCUGGCAACCAUGUGAUCCUCUCAAAUAUGUUUGCGUCUUCUGGCAGGUGGGAAGAAGCUAAUACCGUAAGGAUGGAGAUGAAUGGGAUAGGAAUAAAAAAGUGUGCAGGUUACAGUUGGAUAACCGUUAAGAAUUGUGUGCAUGUUUUCCGAGCAAAGGACACAACUCAUGUGAAGUACCCAGAAAUUUUUGCAAUGUUGGCUAAACUAAGGAAAGAGAUGAAAGGGGCAGGUUAUAUCCCGGAGACCAAUUUGGCUCUUUAUGAUUUAGAAGAGGAAGAAAAAGAAUCUGAAGUUUGGUACCAUAGUGAAAAGCUUGCACUUGCAUUUGGUCUCAUUACUAUUCCUCAUGGAGUCCCUAUACGAAUAACAAAAAAUAUCAGGGUUUGUGUGGAUUGUCAUAGUGCUAUUAAGUUUAUCUCAAGAAUUGCAUGUAGAGAAAUCUUUGUGAGAGACAAUAAUAGAUUUCAUCACUUCAAGAAUGGUAUUUGUUCAUGCGGAGACUAUUGGUGAUGCUAAUCAAUACAAACAUAGAUAUGACAUACUAAAGUUGCUUACUCCGUACAUAAUUGUUAUGGAGGUUGGUAUAUGAGCUACACACCUCAAAUCAAAC